UCUGUUCCGAUAGAAAUCCCCCAGUGCGCCGGCUGCAGCCAGCAUAUCCUGGACAAGUUCAUCCUGAAGGUGCUGGACCGGCACUGGCACUCGAAGUGCCUGAAGUGCGCCGAUUGUCAGGCGCUGCUGGCGGACAAGUGCUUCGCACGCGCGGGAAAUGUCUACUGCAAGGAAGAUUUCUUCAAGCGCUUCGGGACCAAGUGCGCCUCCUGCCAGCAAGGCAUCCCACCCACCCAGGUGGUGCGCAAGGCGCAGGACUUUGUGUAUCACCUGCACUGCUUCGCCUGCGUCAUGUGCAGCCGGCAGCUGGCCACCGGUGACGAGUUCUACCUGAUGGAGGACGGCAGGCUGGUGUGCAAGGAGGACUACGAGACGGCCAAGCAGAACGAUGACUCAGAGGCUGGAGCCAAGCGACCACGGACCACCAUCACCGCCAAGCAGCUGGAGACCCUCAAGAGUGCCUACAAGAACUCGCCAAAACCGGCGCGCCAUGUUCGCGAGCAGCUCUCCUCGGAGACAGGCCUGGACAUGCGGGUGGUGCAGGUGUGGUUCCAGAACCGACGUGCAAAGGAGAAGCGUCUGAAGAAGGACGCCGGGCGGCACCGCUGGGGCCAGUUCUACAAAAACGUCAAACGGAACCGGGCCGGCAAGGCGGAGAAGGAGAGCUCUGCAGAGGACGGGGGGCUCAGUGACAGCGAGCUAAGCUUCAGAGAAGAUCAGAUCCUGCCCGACCUGGGACACUCCAACGGGCUCUACGGGAGCGUGGGCGACGUCGGAAGCACAAGCCUCUUAAACGGGGGCUUUUCUCUGGACGGCGGCGGGCAGCCGUACCACGAGCUACGGGCAGGCAGCCCCUACGGCCUCCCCCAGUCACCGUCCUCCAUCGCCUCCCUGCCCAGCCACACCCCACUCUUAGGCAGCUUGGCCUUCAACAUGGACAGCUUGGUGGGGCAGGGAGCCCAAGGCGCUACGGGCCAGGCGACGCGAUCCAUGGCGGGGGGGCCCACCUCUGACCUCUCCACAGAGAGCAGCACGGGUUACCCAGACUUCCCCACCAGCCCCGGCUCCUGGCUGGACGAGAUGGACCACUCCCAGUUUUAAAGCACGGGGCCCGGCCGCCUGGUACACGCAGUAUCUGGAGGAGGGAUGAGGAAACAUCAAGCAGCCUUUUUUCUGUCUCCCAGACAUGACAUUUGCUUUUUUUAAAAAAAGGGGCAAGGAGGAGCAGGGUAUGGAAACUAAAAGGAACUCCCCAGGCCCGAUGCCCCCACUUAGGGCCACUGAGGACUGGAAGAGUGGGACAGCGGUCAGCGGUGGGGUUGGGGGUAGGGUGUCCUACGUACAGCAGGAUGUCUGCAGACGAGAAAACCUGUCAGGUCCAACAAGAGGCCAAUCAGCAGGUUUAACGCCUACCCCCAACAAAGUACUGUCUGUCAGUGAUUCUGUUUCGUUCCGUUUGUUUGUUUUUUGACCAUUUUACAUGUAUAAAUUCCAGCAUGGGUUCAUGAGGACAGAACAUAGGGUAUUUCUCAAACAUGUUUCAGCUCUACUAGAGCACAAUCACAACAAGGCUCUCUGCAUGCUUCUGGGAAGAUCAGUACCGGCAUCAAAGUCUCUACGGCGGCAAUGCACUUUACACUCUUUUUGCACAGUGAGUAAGAGUGAGAGGCGAGUGCACAAUGCAGCGUACAGAGUCACGCUGCAUCACGGUAGAGUGUUAAAUCACUGGAGAGAGAAAGAGAUCUCAGCGUGAUCCCUGACAUCCACAAAGGUACCUCACGCCCCCCCCCCUGGCCGUGUAACAGUGCUUUCUGUUCUGUUCAGGCUUACGUUCAGUUAUUGCUUGAAACCCCAAACGCAUCUGGAGAUGGUUGUGAAGUCAAAGCGUGUUCUGAGUGAGGAAGUAACUUGUGGUAGACCACGGUGUUUAGGCAUGCAGGCUCUAUCUUGGAGCUUAAGCGGUUUUGUUGCACUGGGGAUUCUCCAGCAUUCCCAGUCUCCCCUCAGAGGACUUAAAGGAGUGAGAUGAUUGAGUAUCAGCGCCUAAUAGGCCUGAUUUCCAAUAAAGCCAAACAGAUCACAGGAGCAAAGUGCUGGCCUGGCUCACCUGAUUAUACCUGAACAUGUCUGGUGUUGAUUCCUGAUACUGCGAGCAUUCAUCAUGCUAACAUGUGAUCAUCAUGCUAACAUGUGAUCAUCAUGCUAACGUGAUCCAGCCUAGCAAGGGGGUUCAGAUGCUACCGUGGCUGCCCCAGUAACAAGGAAGUAACACUCGGUCUCUAAAAAGGGCUUUUCAGCUUACAGGAUGUGCUUGCAGCGUGAACUCUGUAUGUAUGCUUUUCAAAUUUCAGGUCCUGAAACUUCUGCUAUGUUUUCGGUUGAUCUAGAAGUCGAUUGAAUUAAAAUGUAAGGAAAGAAGAUUGUCCUUCUCAUAAACUGUUACACUUGGCUGUAUCUGGACUGCUCUUCCAGAAGCUUUUGUGUCAAUAAUAUCAUAAUGAAUUAAUGCAAACAAGAUAAUAAGGCAGUUAAUGUUGUGAAUGUGAUGUUACUCUAACAUUUUGUAAUGAUUUCUACAGUCGGUUUCUGGGGACUGCAAGCUGCUUCUGAGUAUAAUAAGCAAGGUUUGUUUUUUUUAUGAACCCUUGUGUUUUUACUAUUUUUGUCAGUAUCCACAUGACAUUUCAUAACUUCAUGACUUAUGUGUACAUAGAGGUACCUAUAAAAGAACAUGAAGCACUAUGAGACGUACUCAGUGUAACAAUUAAAAACGGAAACGACGCAAGCGAAGAUGAAUGGAAACCGAGGAAGGUCUGUGAGUUCAAUAUUUAUUUGCGUUUGUUUUAAUGUCAGCUGCAAACUAAUGGACCCGAUCUGGAAAGACGAGCCGAAACACAGCAACCCAGCUGUGACAUGCAAACGGAUAUAUAAUCAAACAAAACAAUAUGCGUAUUAAAACACUUUCUGUUCAAACUGUUAUUGCCUCUAACCCCUGGGGUUUUGUUGUAAAUUUUGUACAGUUUCAAAGGUGUCAAGAGUCUCAUUUCAUAAGCACUAUUUAUUGCCAUGUGUCUUUGAAAAAGGAUUUAA